AGUAAAUUUACUAUAUCACUGACGCCAACUUUCCCCAAACAAACGUAAAAACAACCCGCCGCCGUCUAUCUAGAAAUCGCAUUAUUUUGUUACUUUUAUAACAGCAAAAUAAAUUCAAUAACGUUUAAAAAAUGUGGCAGGCACAGCAGAUAGCUGCAAUCCAGCUUGCAAAUCAAUUGCUGUAUUCUAUGUCUGCGCCACCAGGCUACGCGUUGAACCAGCGAUCGCCGCAUUUGGCUCAAUCUCCAAUUGAUGAUAAUGGUGGAGACACAGACGACGAGGAUGAUGAACAAUUACGCACACUUUAUGUUGGCAAUUUGGACGAUCGUGUAACUGAAGAAUUACUCUAUGAGAUUUUCUUACAAGCAGGCCCACUCGAAACGAUACGCAUACCAAAAGAUAAUGGCGGACGCCAACGAAGUUUUGGAUUCGUGGUUUAUUCAAAUCGUUGUACGCCAUCGUAUGCUGUUAAAUUAUUUGCAGGUUUGACACUCUACAGGAAAACGUUAACCAUUAAGCUUCAAGUUGAUCCAAAUGCAUCCAGAAAUCGCCGCUCAUUGCCGACCGACUGUGAACGCUAUAUUACACGCCCCGGUGACAAUAGUAUGCUGCGCAGCACAAGUUAUCCAAGUUUCUAUGAUCCAGGUAUGAAUGACAAUGAUAUCUCAUCACAAUUUUCCAACCCCUUUCGGACAAACUCACCGGAUUGUACCAGAGCUACGACAAGUAGAAGUCGUGAAAGAGGUAGCAGAGAUCGCGAACGCGAUAUGGACUUUGACAGGGACCGUAUGCCCGUACAUUCAAAUACACGUUCCCGUCCGCAUCCGUACAGGCGUGAUGAACGUCGUCAGCAUGACGAAAGCCGUCGUCAACGUAGAUAACAAUUGGAAGGCGUUAGCGAUGGAGAAGUUGAUGCCUCGAACGAAGACUCAAUAUAAAGGCAAAGUUGAUAGACUUUAUUGAAGAUAAACGCCGAUCUUGACUUUAUAUGUAACUUGCAUAGGCGCAAAUAGUGUGAAUACUUUGGAAUUUUUAUUUUAUUGGGUCUCACGCAUUAGAAAACGCGCUAUUGUUUUUAAAUACAGAAAUCUUUGCAGAUUUCUGCUCACAAAUUCGUUAAAAUCUUUUUGUAUAAAUUUAAAAUACUUAUAAUUAAAAAAAUCUUAACUGGAGUGUAGUGUACGCAUUUGAAAAAUAAAAAUAAGAAAAUGAAAAAUAUAAAAAUAAAAAAUAUAAAAAUAAAAAAUAUGAAAAUAAAAAAUUUAAAAAUAAAAAUAAUACAAAUUAUUGUUAGCAACUUUCAAAGUAAAAAUCUAAAUUCAGAAGGUAAUAUAUUAUGUAAAAUAUAGCAUAAUUUUAAGAAUAGUAUGUAAAACUACUAUUUAUAGCCAUUCACAUGUGUACAGCUUUUUAAUCACCGUUUCCAACCUAUAAAAUAUGAAACGAAAUGUGUAUUUUUAACAAUUGAGCUUUAUUAAUAUAUGAAUAUUUGUAUGCAUCCGUUAAAACGAUUAUCUUAUGCAUUUAAUAUUUAUUUUAAAUCGCGAUGUUACUUAAGAUACUCGAUUCGCGUACAUUACUUAUAUUACAUUCUAGAGAACUAAGAGACUACAUACAAUAAAAUAUGUGUAAUUACAAUUGUCAUUCAACCAAAACUAAUCUAACGGGACAGUGAUAAGUUCUUCGAAAUUUUGACAGGAAAUAAAUUAAAUUCACUUGUAUGUACAAAA